GAGCGACGCCAGCGCCUCCACCCCUGUCGUGGUAACGCUCUUGUACGCCCAUUUGGCCCGUGUAGACGUCGUUUAUGAAAUUGUUUUCCAAUCUCCCACGCCUGAAUCCUAGGAAUGGCUAGAGAAUACGACCAUUUAUUCAAAUUACUAAUAAUCGGAGACAGCGGAGUUGGAAAGAGCAGCUUAUUGCUGAGGUUUGCUGACAACACUUUUACAGGCAACUACAUCACAACCAUCGGGGUAGACUUCAAGAUCCGCACACUCGAAGUGGAUGGUGAGCGAGUCAAGCUGCAGAUCUGGGACACAGCUGGUCAGGAGCGGUUUCGCACCAUCACAUCGACGUAUUACCGAGGUACCCAUGGUGUGGUCGUGGUCUAUGAUGUCACAAAUGGGGAGUCCUUUGCCAAUGUCAAACGCUGGCUUCACGAGAUUGAGCAGAACUGCGAUGUCGUCAAUAGGAUCUUAGUGGGCAACAAGAAUGAUGACCCAAGUAGGAAAGUAGUGCUAACAGAGGACGCACAGCGUUUUGCUGACCAGAUGGGCAUACAGCUAUUUGAGACAAGCGCCAAGGAGAACAUCAAUGUCGAAGAGAUGUUCAAUGCCAUUACACGGAUGGUGCUCAAGAGCAAGAAGGAGCAGAAGGAGCGGCAGCAGGUGCCCGAGGACAAGCUGCGGUUAAAGCCCGGUGGCCACAAGAAGAAGAAGCAGUGCUGCUGAUUGACGGCGGCCCUUCCCCCACCACCACCAGCACCCUUCCGUGCAGCUCUGGUUGCCGGAAGACCUGUACAUUUGAAUGGGAUCGGGAGGAAGAGGACAUGGCUCAUUCCCUCUGGGUAGGGGUGUGCAGCAUCUGCCAAGAGCUGCCAGUGCGAAGAAACUCUCGUCGCCGCCAUUCGCUUUUGCCCUCUUUCUUCGUUCCUUCCUCCUCCGUGUGCUCGUCCUCUGUCUAUGCCCAUUGCUCACCGCAUCGCGGUACUUCGAGGCAUCGCCAGUGUUGAAGAGGUGGGGACUGCAGUGUGCACCAUGCAGCGAAUUUUCUCUUUUUUUUACGUUUGCCCGUCUAGCCUCGCUAGUGUAGUGAUCUGUACGACAGCGUGCACCUUGCCCAUUAGUCCUGGUUUUUGCUGCUGCUGUCACUGCGAGCGUUGCUCGAGCCAUGACCUGUCUGUGCGAAUGUUUUUUUAUAAGUGUGGCAGCGAACGGCGCCCUCUGAGCUAACGCCACAAGCAGACCAGUGCUGUCUGCAGAAGGACGUGCAGCUUGGUUCACUGUAAAUAUGAUGAAGAGGGAAGUGCAGCCAGGCUAUCGCAGGCAACCAUACACAUCUCAAAGGAGCGUGUAGGUGUGGGCCUGGUGGUGGAUAUUUGUGAGCAGAUUGGGGCGUGCUUCACUGUGAUGCAGUGUUGAGCAAGUGUUUGUACGCGGAAGAUGUGCCGGGGUGUUAGGUCUGCACUGGUGAAAUGUGGUAACACGGUUGGACAGCACGGCUGCUCAGUGGAGUGCGCGAUGCCAUGUCUGUCGCUCGUCCUUUUUAUGUCUUUGCAAAAGCCUGUGCACUUGCAUCUCCGCCUGGUCAGUCAGGUGGGAAAGCAAGCAUGCAAUUCUCAUGUCUCUGCCCUGUCCUGUCAAUAUAUAUAUAUACAUAUAUGUAUUUUUUUUUUAAACUUCACUCGAUAGCAAUCUUGCUCCGUUAUCUUUGUUGCCCUUUAUUAUGCCGGUGUGCUCAUUGCAGCUAUUUAAAAAUUAGUGCUGCAGGUCAAAAUGUAGUGAAUUAAGGGAGAGAUUUCCAGGUAGGCAUUGUAGCAGACAGCUUAAAGCUGCGGGGCCAGCAGGGAAGAGACUAUCACCAUUUUUGUUCGGAUCAGUCUUAGUCACCGAAUUUUCGCAUGCAUAGCAUGCGCCUUUCUUUCCCGCACAUGGGACUCUUGUUUUUGAAGUGCAGAAUGUGUCAUCUUUCUUGCUCUUUUUCUUCCUCCACUGUGCUUUAUCACAACCAUCACUUGCAUCAUAUAUUGUUGUUAGUAUCACUGGAUGUAAAUUGCCUUUCAAAUACUGCUGUGUUGCUGCAGAAGCAUAUAUAUUGUUUAUUGGUUAUAUAAAUACAGAUCGCUGUGGUAUAUUUUGCAUUGCUUGAGCACUUGUCGAUGCAGAGUUUUAAUUGUGUCAUGCUGCCAGAGAAAUAUCACCAUCCUAUGUGCUGCUCUGCAAGGCACACGGCUCCCUACAGAGCAGUGUACACUGUAUACUCUCCCCCCCCUUGUUUCUCUUCUUCUCUUUUUGCGGGCAGAGUAAUCUUCUGAUGAGUAUUUCUUAUGUCUCUGCUGUGUCUCCUGGUUCAUGCAGGUCACACUGGUCACUUGAGCUGCAUAGCACAUUUGCGUGGCAUUUCACUGUGCUAGCAAGGUGCAGCAGGAUGUACCAUAAAACUAGUUUGUAACGAGUGUGUUCUCAUUGUGAUUUUUUUUUUAGCGUGUUGUUUUCUUAGUUCCAGCCGGUUCACUUGGGAUAUGAUGGACAGAGGCCACAGGCCUGUUGUACGCGCAGUUUUACUCAUCUUUGCACGGCCUCUCAUGUAAGGAAGGUACCUGAGUUGUGCCUGGGUUUGGUCAAAUUUAUAAUCGUAAGCAUUUUUUUAAUUUUUUUUUUCCCUGCAAUUGGUUAUGACCCAAAGGAGCUUGCACCACGAUUGUGACUGUGUUUGUUGUUGAACUUGUGGGUUAUGGUAAAUACUUCUGGGUCAUCGUGUGAAGCGAAAACACAAGAAUAUGUGCCCACACUGCAUUUUAUAAUGUGUGUAGUCUGCCCUUUUUUUUUUUUUGUGGACAAGAGGAAGGAAAAGAAAAAGGUGGUAUUGCUCUGGGCACUUUACAAAGUGCUGUGUGCAUCCCGGCAAAAGAGUGUGCGCACCGCUGCGCGAAGAACAUUGAAAGUAAAAAAAAUAAAGAAAACAAUGCAUACAUUGAAUUUUACAGUGAAAAAUAAACAUAUUGAAUGAUA